UCUCAAUCGACCGGCUCUGGUUCUGCUGGACAAUCCAGAGCACGUAUUUUCAUGUGCCUUGUACUUAAUGAUCUUUGUUAGUUUGACCUCGUGUCCGUUGAAAUGAAUUCGGAACCCUCCCUUCCCAUCCCGAUCUCGUAUAUCGCCGGGAAAUACUUUCUCUUCUCCAUUGAUGCAGUUACGUAUUUGAGACGGGAGCAUCAUGUCUGCGGAGUCCUGUCCGGCACUCUGCCGCAGAUCCCUCAGCAAAAUAUCUUCCUGGGGUUACCCCUCGAGCUGAUGCCCGAGGAGGCAAGGUUGCUGGUGGAGAAAGGUGUAGCUUGCAUUGUAGACGAGGUAAACGCUCAGAGACAUGGAAUGAAGGCCCUCAUGGAGGCGGACCGCCAGAAGUACCUUCACGAUCUAGAAUCCCAGGGCCUCCAAGCCAUGCAGCUGCAGAAUAGUCGCAAAGAGCAACAGAAGGAGAAAUCUCUGCAGAAAAUAGCUGCCAAAAAGGCGAAGAAGGCUGCCGAGAAGCAAUCCGGCGAUAAAACUGAGGAGCCAAUUGUUGAUUUCUUUGCCGAUAAUCAAAAAUCCGAGUCUAGCGAGACUGCAUCAAUUUCGGCCACUUCCGACCCUGCCCUGGGGAUAACCCCUGCGACGUCCGUCUCGCUGCUUCCGUCGCAGCCGGCCGCUGAGCACUUGAUGCCUCUGCCUGAAGUUCCCUCGUCGUAUCCUUUGUUUGCCCACCUGCAUUCAGAGGGAUACUUCCUCUCCCCGGGUCUUCGAUUUGGCUGCCAGUACCUUGCCUACCCGGGUGAUUCCCUGCGCUUCCAUUCCCACUUCCUGGUUGUCUCGACGGAAUGGGACCAGGAGUUGGACUUGAUGGAUCUCGUUGCGGGUGGCCGUCUAGGCACCGGUGUGAAGAAGGGCUUCCUCAUCGGAGGUGCCGAGAAGGAUGAAACCGGGGAAGGUGAGAAGGUCAGGACAUUCAGUCUCGAAUGGGCUGGAAUGUGAGAUGCAUCAGGUUUGGGUUCGUUCUACCUGCCAUAUUCCAGGAGUGGAAUAUCUCGGCCAUCGCCGUUCGGCACUCCCUUGGGGACUCGCGUCAAGGAUGGAGACGAAUGGUCGGGUCUCCUGCCAUGUCGCCUGUAUGGCUACGGGCAACACCAGUCAACGCUACGAGCCUUAGCUUCGAGCACUGGAUGGGCGUGUGGCUCUGCCACGUCUGCUACGACACUGCCUACUAUUGAUUUCUUGGACAUCUACUUUGGGAUAAAAUAUCCAGAAUUUCUGAAGGUAGCUUGGCGGGCUUCAUUCAACUUUGAAUAACUUCUUCCAUCUAAUCAAU